CAGGACUGGCUGUCCCUCGUGCAGCUCUGCGCGGCCAGCGCCUGGAAGCUGCGGCGGCGCCGCUGCGUCGAGCUGCGGCGCAUCUGCCUGGAGUGCGUCGUGCGCCUCGCCGAGUGCGGAGGACUGGGGGGCGACCUCCGGGCGGCGUCCGUCGCCAGCCAGCGGGUGCUCGAGAGCGUCCUCCUCGUCUGCGCCUCCGAGCGGCAGGACCGCCUGGCCCUGGGCGGCGCGCUCCACACCCUGCUGAGGCAGAAGUUCUUGCCGGCCCACUCCCUCGCUCGCCUCGAGUCGGCAACCAUGAGCCUCAGCGACUCCAGAGUGAGAAACUUGUUGGCCCCGGAGCUGCUGCCGUGGGAGCUGAGACAGG